UAACCGCCUACGGCCUACAUUCAUUCAUAACUUGAACUAAAUUGUAAAUAUCGAGAGAUUAUUAGCCUAUUUGAUUUCCGUUAUCAUAAUUUACGAGUUACAGAGGUGAUAUACUAUCAAGCUUUAUUACUGAAACAUAUUUUAAUUGUUUUAAUGAUACCGAAACUUGCAGUGCGCGAAAUAGCGUGCAUAAUAGGCAAACAUUUUGGCAUGGCUCUCCGAGGAGUAACAGUUAAUGGUGUACAUAACCCAUGCAACUCUCAAUGUGAUCCUGUACAGUGCUGGAAAUGGGAUGUCAGCCCCAUCAUAUAUCACACCAAAUCAGUCAACUAUGCGGUCCUGGUACUUAAUACUCCAAUCACACAGAGUCAAACGUUUUUCACACAAUUAUGGAAUAGUGCAAAAUUAAGAGUAACAGUGGAUGGUGGUACCAAGAAAUGGGAGACAUUUAUAAAUAAUUGUCCAGAAGAAAUACAAAAAGACAUAAAAUUACCAGACCUUGUGACAGGGGACUUUGAUUCAAUAUCUCAAGAUGACUUAGAGAAAUACAGAAAGAAAGGUUGUAAGGUGGCACACACGCCAGACCAGAACCACACGGACUUCACGAAGGCCUUGAUGGAAUUAUCCACGCAUUGCCGGGAAACCAACACAGAUGUCGACCACAUCAUAGCAAUAGCACAAUCGUCCCGAAGGAUAGACCAAAUAUUCAGCAACGUGCAAACAUUAUUCCUGGCUAAAGCGAACCAGCUCAUCAGUCCUACAACCAGACUGUACCUGAUAUCUGACGAUGCUGUAUCUUGGUUACUCCCUCCGGGAGAUCACGUGAUAGUUGUACCUGAGGAGUCAAAGAAACAUAAGAGAGCUUGGUGUUCUUUGGUGCCUGUGGGAGAACCUUGUGUUGUUACUUCAACUGGACUGAAAUGGAAUUUAAACAAUCAGAUCUUAGCGUUCGGAAAGCUAGUCAGUUCGUCUAACACGUUCACGGGAUCGGACACAGUGACGGUCAAAUGCAGCCACCCCCUUCUGUGGUCUAUGAAAGUGCCCAGUCUACAAAGUAAGUACACUUAAA